UAGCGGCGCGCGCCAAGCGAGGCAUAUGUACAGAGCGAAUGCUGAGGGGGAGUAGAUGAUAAAGCACGUUAAAAGAAGAGAAAUCAGACGCUUAACAGGGGGCUCCGAAGCGGGCUGCGCUCCGUCGGCGCGACGUCGCCGCAGCACGGGUCCGGCCGCUCGGGCACGCCGCCGUCGUCGAACGCGAGGUGGCCCGCGCCCAGACCCACACAGACGGCGAACAAGAACUCGAACUGGUACGUCAUCGCGCAGAGCAUGAGCAGGUAGCCCAGCAGCACGUGCGCCAUGAACAGUAACGACGCGAUGACGCGGUCCCGCAACGACAGGCGCCCCUUGGCCGCGACGACGGCCGCGCGCCGUCUCCUUCUAACAUACCCGAGGGCCUCGGAGCCCGCGCCGCCGGCCAUGACGAGGACGAACGCGAGCAAAAAGUCCCAUCGCGUCGCCAGGACCCAGGCCGCGUUGAAGAGGACGACGCAGGACGGCGUGCCCCAGACCGUGGCGAAGCCACUCAUUUGCAUGUCCAUGGGCAUCGCGUCGGAACAGAAAUCACUGGAAGUCGUCGUCAGUAGUAACAAGCCCUCGACGAGGGCGCACGCACCAAUCACGGCCGGGACGGCCCAGAGCAGGGGGCGGGCGAGCAUCGUUAUCGGCCGGGAGCGCGUCCGCGUGGUUUACUGGGCUCGGUGGGGCUGUAGUCUUGUUUGCGGGGCAGCCCGCGUCUGUGUCGUACUGGGAGAGCGCCCUCUGCGAGGCAGUAUUUUUUUUGUGGGGCAACAAUUACGCGAGACGGCAAGGAUGCGGCCGCGGGGCGACUGCUUGAAUCGCUACGCGUCCUGGGAUCCUCGAGGGCGGCUGGUGGCCUCGUUUUGGCUGCUUUCACUGGAUUUG